GGUAACGGUCACACUGAUCACUGAACUCAACCCCCCUCCCUCUCUCUCUCUCCAUGGUCACCUGCAAGGCGUCAAGCAUCAGCUACAGUUCAUGCUUUCUUCAACCCACUUGCAGGAGAAACCCCAGAUCACUCGGGCUACUUCUUCCUCCAGUUAAUUCUUCUCUGCGUCGCAAUGAGCGCAAAGUUAACUAUUCGGUAGACAGAGAAAAGAAGACCCAUACAAGUAAUGCGAGGUGGGGUGAUAAACCAAGGGGAGGUGAUGAUGGUAAGCAAGAAGAGGAAUUAGAAGAACACGGAAAGGUGCAUUGUGAAGUGGAUGUAAUCUCUUGGAGGGAACGAAGAAUCAAGGGGACGAUUUUGGUUUAUGCCGACGUCGAAUCGGUGUGGAAUGCUCUCACUGAUUAUGAGAGGCUCGCUAAUUUCAUUCCAAAUCUCAUUUGCAGUGGGAAAAUACCUUGUCCUCAUCCAGGGCGGAUAUGGUUAGAGCAGAGAGGCUUCCAACGAGCAUUAUAUUGGCAUAUUGAAGCCCGUGUUGUCUUGGAUCUCCAGGAAUUCCCCAAUUCAGAAAAUGGCCAUGAACUCCAGUUUUCCAUGGUUGAUGGGGACUUCAAGAAGUUUGAAGGAAAAUGGUCCUUGAUAUCUGGAGAAAGGUCUUCGACAACAAUUCUAUCUUAUGAAGUGAAUGUGAUACCGCGAUUCAACUUCCCGGCAAUUUUCUUGGAGAGAAUUAUUAGAUCAGAUCUUCCUGUGAACCUUCAAGCCUUAGCACGUAGGGCUGAGAGAAGUUCUGAAGAGAAUCAGAAGGCACUCAUCACAAGCAGUACCUCUGGUGCAACUUCUAAAGCUGCCCUUCCUUCAGCUGGCACUGUUUCCUCUGAUGCUUUGAUUGAAAAGAAUAAAUUGUUCCCCAGCGAGUCUAAAGAGAAUCAUUCAAAUUCUAAUUUUGGUCAGGUGCCACAUUUUCCGAGUGAAUUAAACAAUAACUGGGGUGUAUUUGGAAAAUUUUGCAGACUUGAUAGGCCUCGCAUGGUAGAUGAAGUUCAUCUUCGUAGAUUUGAUGGCCUAUUGGAAAAUGGAGGAGUUCACCGUUGUGUUGUUGCCAGCAUCACUGUGAAGGCACCUGUUCGGGAAGUAUGGAAUGUUUUGACUGCUUAUGAAUCUUUGCCUGAGAUUGUUCCAAAUUUAGCUAUCAGUAAGAUUUUAUCUAGGGAAAACAACAAGGUGCGCAUUCUUCAGGAAGGUUGCAAGGGCCUAUUGUAUAUGGUACUUCAUGCACGCUGUAUCCUGGAUUUACGUGAACAUCUUGAACAGGAGAUUAGUUUUGAGCAGGUCGAAGGGGACUUUGAUUCAUUUCAGGGGAAAUGGCUUCUGGAGCAACUAGGGAAUCAACAUACAUUAUUAAAGUAUGUUGUGGAAUCAAAAAUGCAUAAAGACUCUUUGCUCUCAGAAGCAAUUAUGGAGGAGGUUAUAUAUGAAGAUCUCCCUUCAAAUCUUUGUGCCAUUAGAGAUUUCAUUGAAAACCAAGAAGGAGAAAAUUCUGUGGAAACAAGUGAUGCUGGAAAAUAUUCUGGGGGACAAAUGACUCCACCUAGCAAUCAUAAUUAUGAUACUGAAGCCAAUUGUAGAAAUUCAAUGGAACGAGUUUCUAAAAUCAAUGGCUCAAGUUCAUCGAGAAAAAGACCAAGGGUUCCAGGCUUGCAGAGGGAUAUUGAAAUUCUUAAAGCUGAGCUCUUGACAUUUAUUUCUGAAUAUGGGCAGGAAGGAUUUAUGCCCAUGAGAAAGCAACUCCGUUUGCAUGGUAGGGUGGAUAUUGAGAAGGCCAUUACACGCAUGGGUGGAUUCAGAAAGAUUGCCUCACUGAUGAACCUUUCCCUUGCUUACAAACACCGUAAGCCCAAGGGCUUCUGGGACAAUCUUGAGAAUUUGCAGGAAGAGAUUAGUCGGUUCCAGAGGAAUUGGGGGAUGGAUGCUGCUUAUAUGCCCAGUAGAAAAUCUUUUGAACGUGCAGGGCGCUAUGACAUUGCACGUGCCUUGGAGAAAUGGGGAGGUCUUCAUGAAGUUUCACGCCUCUUAUCACUCAAGUCUAGGCACCCUAACAGACAGGCAAACCUAGCAAAGGAAAAGCAAGUUGAUGGUAUAUCUUCCACUGAUACAGUGGGUGAGGAGAAAGUGGCAUAUAAACCUUAUGUUUCUCAGGAUACUCACAAGUGGCUAUCUAAACUGAAAUAUUUGGACAUAAACUGGAUGGAAUGAGAGGGCCAUUACUUGAUUGCUGUCCUAUAUUGAUUGAUCAUGGUUGUAUAAUGCAGUGUGAUGGAUUCAGUUGAAAGUAUUGCAGCCAUGGUUGAUGGAUCUCUCAUCAACUGACAAGGUCAAUGUGUAUGAGGUGGUUCAUUUUCAAGUACACACCCAUUAGGAAGAGAUAUGCUCUUUAUAACUCCUUUCCCUAUCAGGUGCUGGAGUGGCCGAGAGUUCACAGAAGGCAUGUAUAGAAAACUAUGAUGUAAAAGAAAGACACAUGGUUGGUUGACUUGGACAAUUAUAAUACAAAAUUGGCUAAUCCAGGGAUCCAUCCUAUAAGAAACUCAUUAUGGAUUUAUCAAGUCAGCUUUAAUAUGGUGGACGGGGUUAGAAGAGCCUGCGACUGCUUUCUGUCAUGCAUAUGUAGAAGGAAGAUGCAUAGCACACAAUGGACACCAAUGAUUUGAUCUCUCACUGGGAACUAUACAUCUAGAUCUUGACUAGCAUGCAAGCCAGCAUCUUUUUAAAGCCAAAUGUAUGCAUAAUCCAUAGGCUUUAUGCCUUCACCUAUUGUAUCUUAUGUGGUAAAUGAAUCACAAAGAGAAUGAUGCCAAAAAUGCAUUCACUGAACUCUUUUUGAAGUAUAUUCAUUGGUUUUUUCUCAUUUAA